AUGGCGAGGCAAGGUGUGAUGCUGAUCAUUCUGAUGUAUUUCUUGUUGUUUGUUGGAAGAGUCUCUGGAUUUCUUCCUGCUACCAGCACGACAUCAUGGUUGAAGAAUCCGUCUCCAUGCAUCCAGUUCCUCUCGUCAAACAGUGAUUCUCCACAACCACCACCAUCAAAUAGUAAUGACAAGCAGUACAACACGUAUCAGAAGCAACCUCAACUACAGGAGAUUUCCCGUGAAGAAAGAGUCUUGCAAGAUCUGUGGAAUCAGAAUCCAUUUUCCAUUGCCAAUCAAGUUGUCAAGUCUGUGAUUGUUGACAACGCUUCUUCUUCUGCUUCACCACCAAGACCACCACCAUUGAGAGAAGAAGACAAUCAGCAUGAUCAUUAUAAUCAUUGCCAACUCCCCAGAGAAGACUACCAAGAGCUUUUUGGACGUCUACUGGAUGCUGGUGAUGGUGGUGGUGCUGAACCAAAAAAGGAUACUACUGCCAUACAUAUCCACCCCCCUUCCAACAAGAACACCAAGGCGUAUCGUGCAUCGUUUCGGUUGGAUAUCGCCUAUCGUGGAGAUGCCUUUUGUGGAUGGCAAACCAAUCCCAACAAUCCCUUACCAUCCGUACAGAAAACACUCGAAGAUUGGUUGCAACCACUCCUGUACGAACGGCCCAAAAAACGACGACAAAAGGCACCACAAAAGCGCGUCGAUUUGCGAUCGGCAGGACGAACCGAUGCCGGAGUCCAUGCCGUCGGACAAGUCUCUCGAUUUCGAACGUGGAUUAGUAGUAGUGUUGACAACAACAGUACUGCUGCUGCUGUUGUUCCAGCAAACAACAAUGCCACAAGCACCACCAACCACUUUGGGCCAUCCUCCGUGCUGCCUCCCGAGCAAAUCAUUUGGGAACACUUGCAGCAACAUCCUCGGGCGGGUCUCGAUUUUGCUUGCGUGGCCGUGACACCGGUUUCUUCCAAGUUUCACCCGACAUUUGGGGCCAACUGUCGAGCGUACUUGUACGUCGUGGACGUGCCUCCGAUUCAACAACUACUGCUACAAUCACAACAACAACAACAACAACAAUCCACACAACAAACUACUACCCUACACGACUUUUUGAACGUGAUCAAUCAACUGUUGAAAUCGCUUGUCGUAAGCUCUGCGGAAGAUGAUGAUGAAUCAUCAUUGGACUUUAUUGCCAUGUCCUAUGGAAAAGUGGAAACACAAAGCACGCAGUGUCGCUUGACUGUGGCUCGUGCAUUUCUUGCGUCCACUUCCACCAGCAGCCAUGACCAUGAGGAGCAGGCUCUCUGCAUUCAACUCGUGGGAGAUCGAUUCUUGCGUCGCAUGGUGCGGAUACUCGUAGCAACAGUCUUGCGAGAAGCCUUGACGUUCGUAUCCGCAUCUCCUCGUGAUGAUGAUGAUGAUCCUUCUACUGAUGCCGGUAGCAGCAAACGGCGUUUGGUGGAGUUACUCGAGACCAAAGAUCGAAGACAAACCGCAAGGCCUGCCCCUCCACAGGGACUCAUCUUUUCCGGUGCACAGUUUCAAGUGCAAUGA